UGUCGGGGAGGGAGGGAAAAUGGCGGCCAUGGCGGCGGAAGGCCUGGUGGGGAAGGGGCGCGACAUCAGCCUGGCUGCCCUGCAGCGUCACGACCCCUAUAUCAACCGCAUCGUGGACGUGGCCAGCCAGGUGGCUCUGUACACUUUUGGCCAUCGGGCCAACGAGUGGGAAAAGACUGAUGUGGAAGGAACUUUAUUUGUUUACACAAGGUCUGCUUCUCCAAAGCAUGGGUUCACCAUUAUGAAUAGGUUGAGCAUGGAAAACAGGACAGAACCCAUUACUAAAGACCUGGAUUUCCAGCUCCAGGACCCUUUCCUUCUCUACAGAAAUGCCAGAUUGUCCAUUUAUGGAAUUUGGUUUUAUGAUAAGGAAGAAUGCCAAAGAAUUGCAGAGCUUAUGAAAAACCUAACUCAGUAUGAGCAGUUGAAAGCCCAUCAGGGAGCUGGAGGAGGAAACUCCCCUAUGAUCCUCAAUUCAGGAGAGGGCAAGGAAGUAGAUAUCUUACGAAUGCUCACCAAGGCCAAAGAUGAAUACACCAAGUGUAAAACCUGUUCUGAGCCAAAACAGAUAACCAGCUCAUCUGCUAUCUAUGACAACCCCAAUCUCAUCAAACCAAUUCCAGUGAAGCCCAGUGAAAACCAGCAGCAGCGCAUACCUCGGCCCAGCCAGAUCUUAGACCCCGAACCACAACACUUGUCCUUGACAGCUCUCUUUGGGAAGCAGGACAAAUCUACAUGUCAGCAAACUGUGGGCUCCCCACGGACUAUCCGCCAGCAGCAGCAGCAGCAGGAGAAACUUGCGGGCAAGCAGGGGGUUGUACGCUCACUCUCCUAUGAGGAACCCGGAAGACACUCACCCCCCCUCGAGAAGCAGCUCUGCCCGGCCAUUCAGAAACUCAUGGUCCGGAGCGCAGACCUCCACCCAUUGUCAGAGCUGCCUGAGAGCCGGCCCUGCAAAGAUGGCAAUACCUGUUCUGCCGGGGCAGUUGUUCUGGGGCCCGUCCAGCUGGCGUCUCCCCAGAGCACUGGGACUUCCUGUCACGCACAAAGUGCUUCCAGAACUCAGAACCUGUUGGAGAAGCUUCAGGGCGCCCCAAGGCCAGUGAACAAGUACGAGCCUGGUACACCAGCACCUGCAGGCUCAGCUGCCCCAAAUCUCAGCACCACUCUCCCUGCUGCCACUGCCGGCGCUCCCGUAAGGGGGCUGGUGCAGGCACAGGUGGGGUAUUUCAAUGGCUCCCUUCCACCUCAGACACCAGGACCUCAGGCUCACAGAAAAGAGCAGUCCACACACCCGAGACCAACACUCCACCUCUCUGGCAGUCAGACGGGCGGCUCUGGAGUGAUCUCCCCUCAAGAGUUACUGAGAAAGCUUCAGAUCGUACAGCAGGAGCAGCAGCUGCACGCGUCUAGCCGGCCGGCCUUGGCAGCAAAGUUCCCUGUGGUAACCCAGAGCUCUAGGACAGGGAAGGCCUUGGAGUCCUGGAUGGACAAGACCCCCAGCAUGGAAAAGCAGACCCCUCUUUCUCAGGCCAUCUCACCUCUGCGCGUCCCUGCUGCAGUGGCUCCUUCUCUGCUUAUGUCCCCCAUGGUGUUCACACAACCCACCUGUGCCCCGCCAAAGGAGAGGGACAGCGGGCUCCUGCCCCUGGGAAGCCAAGAGCCAGCUGCCACGUCUACCAGCCUCCUCCUGCCUCUGCAGACCCCGGAGCCCCCCGCAGUCACCCACAGCCCACUUACCAAGCUCCAGCUUCAGGAAGCACUGCUGUACCUCAUUCAGAACGAUGACAAUUUCUUGAACAUAAUCUACGAAGCUUAUCUCUUCAGCAUGACACAAGCAGCCAUGAAAAAGACGAUGUGAAAGCAAAACAUUUUCAGACUGAUUUUGAAGGUCCUGUGGCUUAAGAUUCUUUCAUGUCAAUGGUGUUACCCUAAAUGUUUCCGCAUUUUUUAAAAACUAUGUAUGAUAUGAAGUAAAACGUUUCAGAAUUUUUUUUCA